UCACUUUAUGUAACUACUUCAAUUUCAUCCAUCUUAUUAUCAAAUCGCGACUCCAUCAAACACCCUUCGUACCUCGACGUGAUUCUCCCAAGUCUUCCAAUUGCAUUAUUCCACAUCCAAAGAACCUCCUCACACCCUUCAGACAAACCCAUACUACCGCCAAGUACACCAACCCUUACCAUGUCCGAUUCCGAGGAUGGGGGUGACCUCUUCGGCGACGAGGGCGAAGUUCCGUUUAUAGAUCAAGUGCUUAGUGAUCAAGAUCUUGCUUCGGAACAAGAUGAAGGUGAUGAACGCGAUGACGACCGCGACCAUGACCGUAGCCGCGACCGAGAUGACGAUGCGGAUGAGGAUCAAGAGGUCAAGGUAAAACGCAUCAUGGGUGUCACACUUCAUCGACACAGGAUUCCACGAACCUCUAAGGAUGGUACUGGUUCUCUACAAACGAUGAAAGUUCCCUCCUUCAUCAAGCUACAAGCUGAAGAAUACAAGCCCGACGCGUUCGAGCCGACCGAAUGGGACAUACAGAAUGCGCGCUCCGAACAGCGCAAGAAUGCUGUCCGCUUCCAACGGGACCCCGAGACCGGCGAGCUUAAGAGCAACGCUGUUAUAUAUCGUUGGAGUGAUGGAUCCCUCACCAUGUCUGUUGGGGCAGACCACUACGAGAUACAGAAGAAGGCAAUGGCGCCCGCGGCUGACAAGCCAUAUUACGAAGAGCGCGACGACGCCCACUACUACGUCGCAGCAGCACAUUUUACGAGCGAGCUGUUCAUGACUGUGGGCCACGUUUCCGAACAAUACUCCGUGAAGCUUCCCUCGAACCUGAAGGACGAGGCUCUACUCAAGUUCAGCCGUGACAUGGAAGCCGCCCAGCGCGCCAGAAGACAAGGUAGUGAUAUGAUUAUCACAACUACGAAAGAUCCCGAGCUUCAGAAGAAAGAAGCAGAGCUGGCCGAGAAAGAGCGCAUGAAAGCACAGCGACGACGGGAGAAUGCAGCCGCGCGACUUGAUGGACGAGCUGGAGGCUACAGGAGCGGAGGACUUUCGAUUGGCGACCUAGAGGGUGGCCGCAGAACUGGUGGCUCUCGAAAGAGAGGUGCGCCGGGCUCAGGAAAGGGCAAGCGACGCCGACCAGAAUAUGAUUCCGAUGAUGACUUCCCGUCAGGUGGAGGUCGCCAGAAUGAGUAUGAUCGCGAGGAUGACUUCAUCGCCCCUAGUGAUGACGAGGAAGAAGCAAACGAGGAUGACGAAGAUGAGGAAGAUCUUUUAGAUGAUGAGGAGGAGGAAGAGGCUCCCCGAAAGAAGCGCCAGAGGACGGCUGAUGCUGAAGAUGCUGAUGCCGACGCGGAUGCUGACCUGGAUGACGUGGAUGCGCCAGCCGAGUCUUCCCACCGGCGAAGACGCCAUAUCAUUGCCGAGGACGAGGAUGACGAAUAGAUUCAGGUUUAAGAGUUUAAUGCGUUGGACAUGAUGAGUCCCUACGUUUGUAUGAUACUCGGUGUUCUUAUACACCUAUAGUACUUUCUUGCACGCGACAGUUGCGAUUUUAGCACGUGCAGAAGAACUCGAUAGCUCAGAAACUUAAUUAAGGUCAUGGAAUAGCCUAUUCUAUACUAAUGCAAUAUCACAAUGCUUCGUGGGCUAAGAUAGCUAGACAGCAUACGGUAUCGUAGUCACAGCAGGGUUACUCUGCCGUAUAUAUUA